CUUAUCAUCCGCAACAAGUAUAAAAGAAAUGCCAGCAGCUCUAUUCUCUUCAAAUGUUCACAAUGUUCCAAUUGUUGUGUUUCGUCGGUGUUAUUUUAUCGGCAAACCCUCAAUAUCUGCCAUUUAAUGAGGCAAUGGAGCGAAUAAUCUACGGCACGGUGGUCGACAUCUCGGAUUUUCCUUACCAGGUAGCUCUGGUUCAUCACCGGAAGAAUCGGAAACGUAUAAUAUGCGGAGGCGCCCUGGUGAGACCCAGAGUCGUUUUUACAGCAGCUCAUUGUACACACACCAAAGACUUCGACGAAGAAAGAAAGCCCCUCUCAGUCUUAGUCGGUGCCAAUUAUCUCGACGAUCCGGACGGACGUUUUCAUGAAAUCGACAGAGUAGUGAAGCAUCCGGACUUCAGUUUUCACAAUUACGAUCACGACUUUUCAGUGAUUGUCCUAAAAGAACCGGUGGAGUACAGCAGCAAAGCCAGAGAUAUUGCAGUUUCAGACGAAGACCAUGAAGGUGGAACGUUAGCUACCAUUUCAGGAUGGGGUAGGACGGAGUCUGGACGUCCGUCCAAGUAUUUGCGAGCGACAAAACUCACUGUGGAAAAGUGGGGCAAGUGUCAGGAUUAUUUUCCGGGAAUUCUUCAUCCCAGGAUCUCGUCGAAUAUGAUCUGUGUCAAACCCAGCCGAACGACCACUUAUUUUGGCGAUUCCGGGGGUCCUCUUGUAGUAAAUGGUAAGCUUAUAGGUUUGGUAUCUUUUGGAAUUAGAGUAAAAGGCAAGAAAAAAACGACUGUAUUUAGUAGGGUUAAAAAUUUCAUGGAUUUUGUAGACGAUGUAAUUCCUGAUUUUAACAGUUAAUAAAAAAUAAAAUUUA